AUUAAUAUAUUCUCUUCACUUAUUCUUACAUCACUUAUGACCCUAUCAUUUCCUAUUUUUCUAACUAUAACUAACCACUACAAGCACAUUAACUUCCCAAAUUACGUAAAAAUCUCUAUUAUUUGUGCAUUAUCACUCUGCAUCAUACCUACACUAAUAUUUAUUAACUCAAACUAUGAACUCAUUAUCUCAAACUGACACUGAAUAACUAUUCAAACAUUCACUCUAUCCAUAAGCUUUAAAUUAGACUACUUUUCCAUACUAUUCAUACCUGUAGCACUAUUUGUCACAUGAUCAAUUAUAGAAUUCUCAAUAUGAUACAUGCACUCUGAUCCCUUUAUUAAUCGUUUCUUUAAAUAUCUCCUUUUAUUCCUCAUCACCAUAAUAAUCCUAGUUACAUCUAAUAACCUAUUUCAACUAUUUAUUGGAUGGGAAGGAGUGGGCAUCAUAUCUUUCCUACUAAUCGGCUGAUGGUACGGCCGAACAGACGCUAAUACAGCAGCCCUCCAAGCUAUCCUAUAUAACCGAAUUGGAGACAUCGGAUUUGUUUUAGCUAUAGCAUGAUUCUUACUUAAUUCAAACUCAUGAGAUCUACAACAACUUUUUAUUAUAGAUGUCUCUCUGUUCCCCCUACUAGGACUACUCUUGGCCGCCACAGGAAAAUCUGCCCAAUUUGGUCUUCAUCCUUGGUUACCUUCCGCCAUAGAGGGCCCAACCCCUGUCUCAGCCUUACUUCACUCUAGUACAAUAGUAGUGGCAGGAGUUUUCCUCCUUAUCCGCUUCCACCCAUUAAUAGAACAUAACAAAACCAUCCAAACACUUACUCUUUGUUUAGGAGCUAUUACCACCCUAUUCACCGCUAUCUGUGCUCUAACCCAAAAUGACAUUAAAAAAAUUAUCGCAUUCUCCACUUCAAGUCAAUUAGGAUUAAUAAUAGUAACCAUUGGAAUUAAUCAACCCCACUUAGCAUUCCUUCAUAUUUGCACACACGCAUUCUUCAAAGCUAUACUAUUUAUAUGCUCAGGAUCAAUCAUUCACAACCUAAAUGACGAACAAGAUAUUCGAAAGAUAGGAGGCUUAUUUAAAGCCCUUCCAUUUACUUCAUCUUCACUUAUUAUUGGCAGUCUAGCAUUAACAGGAACUCCUUUUCUAACCGGAUUCUACUCUAAAGACCUAAUUAUUGAAUCUGCUAAUACGUCGUAUACCAACGCCUGAGCCCUAAUUAUUACUCUCCUUGCCACCUCCCUAACCGCUGUCUACAGUACACGAAUUAUCUUCUAUGUUCUGAUAGGACAACCUCGAUUUUCUACACUAACUUCAAUUAACGAAAAUAACCCUCAACUGCUUAAUUCAAUUAAACGCCUUCUUAUUGGCAGUAUCAUUGCAGGGUUUGUCCUUUCAUAUAACAUUCCACCCAUAAAUGUUCCAGUACUAACCAUACCUAUUCAUCUAAAGCUUACAGCAUUAUUAGUAACCAUCUUAGGAUUUGUUAUUGCUAUAGAACUAAACUCAAUGACUCUUUAUUUUCAAACCAAAAUAUACUCAAGCACAUCAAAAUUUUCAACCUUACUAGGCUAUUUUCCUACUAUCAUCCAUCGACUUAGCCCUCAUCUCAACCUUAUUAUAAGCCAAAAACUAUCAUCAGCCCUUUUAGACCUAAUCUGAUUAGAAAAAACUAUUCCUAAAUUUACCGCUAACCUUCACUUAACAGCUUCGACCAUAUCCUCUAACCAAAAAGGCCUCAUCAAAUUAUAUUUCUUAUCAUUCUUAAUUUCAUCAUUCCUAGCAAUUAUUCCCACAUUCUAUUUCCACGUGUAA